GUAGCAUCCAAGCUCGGCGACGUACUCUCAACGGCUCAAGGAAGAAGGAAGCUGGCCAACGAACCUGCAUUACCAGAGAUCUCCCUCUCGACGACUUUCCUGAACAAGACGCCCAACGGAGGCGCCCCCAAAACAGCCCAAGAUGCGCAACGACCUAUUCUCCCCUCUGGCCGUCUCCUUCCUGUCCGCCGUGGCAGCGGCCACGACGACAACCGUCAAUCUCGUCAUCCCCGCGACGCACACCCUCCCGAACCCGCGCUCCCUCCCGCCCCAGACCCACGCAACGCUCUCGUCCUUCCAUUUCGACGCCUCGGCCUACCUGUCCCCGGCCAACACCUUCGCUUUCCACAACGUCUCCGAGGGCAGCUACCUGCUCGAUGUGCACAGCCCCAGCCACGCCUUCGCCCCGCUGAGGGUCGACGUCCUCCCGGUGGUGUCGGGCGCCGGGCAGACUGAGAAGGACGAGAAGACGGCCAGGCUCAAGGUCGCCGCCUGGGAGACAUACAGGGGUAAUGACUGGAACAACAAGGGCGAGGCCGCCGUCGUCACCAACAGCGGCGCCCUCGAGGUCAAGGUGCUGGGGCCCAAGAACUUCUACAUGGAGAGGAGCUCAUUCAAUGUCCUGAGCAUCCUCAAGAACCCCAUGAUCCUACUGGGUCUCGUCAGCAUGGGCAUAUUCUUCGGCAUGCCAUAUCUGGUUGACAACAUGGACCCAGAGAUGAAGAAGGAAUGGGAGGAGAGUCAAAAGAGCAACCCAAUGAACAGCCUCAUGGGCGGCCAACAGGGGGCACAGAACCCCAUGGGCAACUUUGACAUGGCCGCCUUCCUUGCUGGCUCCUCGAAGAACGACAACGGCAACGGUGGUUCGAAGAACCAGAAGGGAGCCAAGAAGUGAUGCUGUUCUUACACACAGGGCCGUCCAUGUCGAGUGACGCGUGCUCGCGUGAAUUAUUAGCGAGAUGGAUAUUGUGCUUAGACUGGGUUUUCUAGAAUUGGGAGCACUGCGCAUUGAGGGCCGGAGCCCGACGGAGCAAACCGUGUUGUGUAUUUUUACGCAGGCCAGUGAAGUCAAUGUGAAGCUAUGAAAACUG